GCGGGCGCCCCCUGGUGGCCGCGAGACCACACGCUCGCGGCCCCAGGGGUGGCGGCGGAAGCCUAGGCGCGGAGCCCUUAAGUCCGUGAGGCCAUGGCGGAGCCUGUGCAGGAGGAGCUCGCGGCUCUGGCUGCGAUUUUCUGCGGGCCCCGCGAGUGGGAGGUGCUGAGCCGCUCAGAGAAAGAUGGGACUGUGUUCAGAAUUUACACAAAAGCUGAAGGCCUUACAGAUGCGGAUAUACCCUUGGAGUUGGUGUUCCAUUUACCGGUCAAUUACCCUUUGUGUCUGCCUGGUAUCUCAGUUAACUCAGAACGUUUGACCAGAGGCCAGUGUGUGACUGUGAAAGAGAAGUUACUUAAGCAAGCGGAGAAGCUUUUGCCAGAGCCCAUGGUUCAUGAGCUGGUUCUUUGGAUCCAGCAGAAUCUCAGGCAUGUUCUCAACCAACCAGAAACUGGAAGCAGCAGUGAGAAGUGUACUUUUUCAGGAAGCAUGGCUGUGGAUGAUGGAUUGUGGGUAACUCUUUUGCAUUUAGAUCACAUGAGAGCAAGGACAAAAUACAUCAGAACUGUGGAGAAGUGGGCUUCAGAUUUAAGGCUGACAGGAAGACUGAUGUUCCUGGGUAAAAUAAUACUGAUUUUACUACAAGGAGACAGAAACAGCAUCAAGGUGGAGUACCUGGUUCUUCAGAAAACCUCCAAAGUAGAUGUGGACUCAAGUGGAAAGAAAUGCAAAGAGAAAAUGAUUAGUGUACUGUUUGAGACAAAAGUACAGACGGAACACAAAAGGUUUCUGGCAUUUGAAGUCAAAGAGUAUUCAACAUUGGAUGAGUUACAAAAGGAAUUUGAAACUGCAGGACUUAAGAAGCUUUUCUCUGAAUUUGUAGUUGGGCUGGUAAAAUAAAAUUAAAGAUAAGAAUCUUUUAGUAAAACAGCAGUGUUUUUUGUUGUUUUUGUAUUGGCUUGGGGGAGUGGCUAAUCGAAGUAGUCAUAAGGGAGCGAUUUUAAAGUUUCCCUGUAACAAAAUCAUUAUAAUUUCAGGAACGAAAGCCAGUUCUGUUUUAUAGAAUAUUAAAUAUGAAAAGAGCCCAUAUAUUCUAAUGUUUACUAGGAAAGAAUAGGUUCGAUAUAUGGAGCAUUAUUUGGAAGACAGAUUAAAAAAAUAUGUUGGUAAAUGAGCCCUUGUUUUUGUAUAGACAAUUUGUUUGGAACGAUGUAAUUUUCUGGCUAGUUUUCUUGUAAUUAAAUGAUUUUUUAAAAAGAUUAUUUUCAUAUUUACUUUUUUCCAUGUUUACAUUUUUUAGCAUUUAAUCAUGAUUUUUCCCCAUUCAGCUGAUUAUGUCUAAUGUUUUAAGUUGAUUGUUAAGAAAAAUAUAACACUGAUUUCUUUGUGGAAUUGCAUAAAUCACUGGUAUAUAUACAAACCAAAGACAUUCUAUAGCACCUGAUUUAUAAUUGCUUUGUUUUGGGCUCCAUGUACUUGAUAGCUAUAGGGCUACAAAGUCUAUUUAAAUUGAAAUUCUUAUUUGAAAAAUGUAACUUCUGGUUUUAUAAGGGGAGAAAAGCUCAUUUGAAAUGAACUUGGCUUGGUGGAAAGAAAUUAUAUAGAGACACUUUUUUAUUAUGAAAUCUUUUAGAUCAUGAUAAAAUAUAUUAUGACCUAAGAAGAGAUGAAUUAACAAACGCUUGUAUUAAAAUCUGUAACAAAAAAUA